CGGAAGAUGGCCGUCGUGUGCCGAACGGUGCUCCGAUUGUUUACUACGAUAUUUUAAGUUUUACACGAAAUACAGUGACGAAUUACUGGAAACUAAGUGAAAAAGUUGUAAUAGAUACUAUUAUAACGCGUCUGAGCACUAUAUCGUGUUGUUUCAUUAAAAUUUUCACUUAAAAAGUGCGGCGACGAUUGUGAGUGAAGCUACUAGUUUUAAGUCAGUGUUUUUGAGGAAUGUUGUGAUUCAAAGUGGAUAGUGCGUUUUUAAGUGGAUUUUGAACCUGGAACAACUGCGUUCAUCGAUAAAGAUGUCGCCGCAACACCUCAUUAAAAUGUAGCUGAGGUUUCGAGCAGAGAAUCGUAGUGCGCAAUGGCAAACUUUCGAUGCAGUGUGGCGAUGGGGAAACAAGAUUCGAGCUGGAAAAGAGUGAGGAUCAAUGUGCCAAGUGCAGUGUGGUGUUUGGUGUUUGUGAUAGUGUUUGGCCAAUGUGCCGGUGGUAAGCAGAUGAGUGAGACGCUGCAGAGGGCGCUGUCGGCGGUACGAGGACCGAGUCCUGGGGCAAAGAAGCUGCUCAAUAUACCAGAGGAUGGAGCCGAUCCGCUUCCCGGCAAACACGUGCCGCUAGAGAGCUAUGAGAGCGAGCUGGAGAAGGAGCACGCACUCCCCACAUCGGUGCCUAAUGCCGACAUUCUCAAGACGAACAGCAAUCCGACCUAUCACAAGCCCAGGCCACCACAGCACCAUGGCGCGGCGUUGCUGGCGGGCGUGGGUGGAGCGGUCCCAUCGUACGCGCCACCCGGCCGCGCAUUCUUCACACCACCCCUGCCCCCGGAGUACAGAAACCCGUUCGCAGACAAGCCUACACUUAGAGGCACCAACACAGAUGGGAACAAUUAUCUCAACAGGCGGCCUAUCCCCCCUCCUUCCCUCGGCCCGGGACAUGAGAGGAUCCCUAUUCGACCUCCUGGACAGGAGACGUCCUCGCCUCAAGUACCGGCACCGCCCCCUGCUCCUCCUAUACCUCCUGCGGGCAUCGAGCCGCAGAAGAAAAAAGCACUCAAUACUCCAAGCCAUAAGCCUGAAGAACUAGACGGAGACGUGAAGAAUACUGACCAAGCGAAUUUCACGGAUUUCGUUCCUAAUUCCCUUAACAUACCUACCAUAUCAAGAAUACUAUCAGGCUCCAACGGCCGAAAAGAGGAUAUACCUGACGUCCUCUUGCGAACCGUUACGGCGAAACCACAACACAAUCAAGAAAAAACAUCUAAAAGUGACAUUUACGUCACCAAAGAUGCAGGAGUAACGCUUAGUGAAACAAACAGGGAUACAUCCACAGAAGGAUCCGUUUUAGCUGUACUAGAUCCCGAAAUGAACAAUCUAGAUAGACCACUAAUCAUAGAUCAAAAUGGUGAAACCAAUACCAGAAGAAAUCUUCAGUACGCAACAAACAAACAGACAGAUAAGAAUGACAGUAGAAAGGAUGAUAUUUAUACUCCAGCGACAACGAUCGGUUUCGAAUUGCGAGAUCCCGAAAUGUCCACGGAGAGAUAUCAUAAUUUAGCUAAUGUUAAUUCUGAUAAAAAGAUACUGAAACAGGAUUCUAAGAAUAGUGGACCAGUACAAAGGCCCGGCGUCAGCUGGCCUUUCGCAUGGAACGUUCAUAUUUAUUUAGCAACCGCUAUAUUUACAUUAUUAGCUGUAUAUUCUAUAUUUAAGAUCAUAUUCUAUGAUAGGUUCACACAUUUGUUUGCACAAUAUUACUUCAUAAUAUUACAUUUACAGUUAGUGUUCGUCUGCCUAAUGAGGAUCUUCUUUAUGUGCUACGAUCCGUAUAAUAUUAAUAAUUCGUUGCCAAUUUUUAUCAGCGAAAUCUUGCUCCAUGUGCCGGAUAUUUUCUUAAGCAUAGCUUUCGCGAGCACGACGUUGUUCCUUUUAUCACAAGCUAUAAACUCGAAGAACACAUGCUGUUCUUUCUUGUUUCGUCCAAGGACGAUUAUAAUAGGUGGCACACUUCACGUAUUGUCUUGUGUGAUGUUGCAUAUCUUUGAAAAUAGUAAUACGGUUUAUAGAACUCCGAGUGGAGUCGAAAAAAGGGUACUAGGUCUAACUUGCCAAAUUAUAUUUAUCAUGGCAUGCCUCACAUUAGGGCUGUGCUAUCUCUAUGUAUAUAAAUUGCUCAAAUCUGUUGUUAAGAAAAAGAGUCAUACCUAUGUGAAUAGCUACCAAAAUUUGUAUCAAGCGAUACAGAUAAAUUUGGCUACUGCAUUACUCUUUGUUCUGAUAGCGGUACUCCAAAUAUUCGGAAUAUUUGGUAUAAACCAAGUCAAUAUGGCCAAGCUAGAUUGGUUGCAAUGGGGAUAUCAGUCAACGUUGCGUUUCAUAGAAAUUACAAUUAUAGCUCUUAUCUCUUGGGUCAUUAGUUUGAAAGUUGGUAUCGGGGCACAUUUACAGCAAGAAAAAACAGACGGCACUAAGAUUUCUGGAUUAGGCCUGUUCCCAUGUACUGCUGGCUCUAGUAACGAUCAGUUUGAAUCAGACUUUCCAGCAAUAUGCGGUACAAAUACAAACCUUCAUACCUAUACAUUAAGAACUGGCAAACCAAUUUAUGAAACAGCCGGACAUCAUCCCAAUAUGCCUGAUCAGUGUUGCAUGCCCGUCGACCAUCCGCGAUUCCAACUGAAUACAUUAACAGGGAAUUGUGACAAUAAUUCUGGAACAGAAAACUAUUCAGGACAUAGUUCCAUUGCCAAUGCUGGUCAUAGUAGUUCAACUACAGAAUCCAGUAAUGCCACAUCUAGUCAAGGUGUGACCAAUCAUUUGAUCAAACAUCAUCCUAACAUGGCCGGGUAUAACGGCAUAGAAUCUGCUUCAGAUGAUCACUACUCCAAUUGUGAUCCUGCGAUUCAAUCGUUACAAGGUGACGAUCCUAUGGACCAUGAAUAUAAUGUUAUCCAAUACGGAAGCAACAGUGACUUCAUCCGUGACAUUAAAAACCAAAACUACAAUGGAGGUUCCAAUCGUAGUUCGCACAACUUUAAACAUAUGUCUUACGAUCGAGUAUCGUCCAGAACAAAUAGUAAUCCACGGAAAAAGCACAGACCUAAAAAUAAGAUAGUUCAAAAUUGCAUGACCAUGGGAUAUGACUCUUCAAUGGGCCAUCAUUAUCAUCAACCGCACAUGCCUGAUGAGUAUGGCAAUUACAAUACAGAGAAUGCCUCUUAUCACGCAUCUGGGAUUCAAACCUUGAACCCUAACAGAAGUUUCGGUGAAGGUUCAAGUCAACAGAUAAGAAAUUCACAGCGUCGUAACUCUCCAUCGACUUCGAUGGUCAAUUCUAGUGGUAGUCAGAAACGUGGCAAAGGCAACGGAUUCCCUGACAGACCAAAGUCGACUGAUUUAUAUGGAUUUACGGAAGAUCCUAAUGAGAGGAAUUAUCCUUGCGCUUUGGGAGGUACUCCACAGCCUGCACCAAGGAACUGUGGGUACGAAGCUUCGUACUCUCAACCUCAGGAUGAAAUAAAUCCAAACGAAUCAGAAGGGAACAGUAUGCUAGUUGCUCAAAAUGGUUUCGUUAGGUUCCGGCCUUUGGAAGACGAGCCUUCGCAAACCUGAUUUACCAUAACACUGUCGCAUGCGGCAGAAAAUCUUAGCUUUUGAUAAAUAAAGGCGCGAUUGCUCGAACCUGAGCAAUUCUUAAUAGACCUUUGAAUACGUAAAAAAUUUCCUGCUUUCAACGUCAUCGUGCGUAAAAGUAAUGUAAAGAUAUUGUAAAUGUAUAGUUAAGUGUAACACAGCGGUAUUUAAGAAUAUCAAAACAUAACAGCACACUGUAAAUAGCCAGUUUUUUAGUUUAUAGGGUUAUUGUAUUAUAAUAAGUAAUAUUUUAAUUAUUAAAUUUUGCCAUUUUAUUUUGAAAUGACUUAUAUUUAAUCAUGAUACAAUUAUUAACUUAAAUCAAUAAAGUGUUUUAAAAAGACAUUGUCAUAAAAUAAAAGCUUAUUUUCAAUAUAAGGAAUCAAAGUAUCAAGUUAAAAAAAAUAUUUGAUUGUACUAAGUGUAGAUACGGUAUUAGGAUUUUGCCAGAACGGAGUUGCCAAAAAUUACAAAGAAAAUAUCAUAUUGGAACGACUUUAUUGUACUAUUUAAUAUUAUAAAUCGCCAUAUGGAUGAAUAUUUGUAAAAUUACUAAAAAAUAAAUAAAUAACGAAGUACAUUAACCUUAUAUGUCAUAUUAAUUAUAUUGUAUAUAUAGAUGACAUAUUGUUCUUAUAGCGAAAUGACAAGCACUAUUAACAAUGUCAUUUUGAAAGCAGAUUUGAAAUGAACACAACCCCCUUAGAUAUUGCCAUUUUAUAUAACAUAGGAUAUAGUAUCGUGGUGUUUAUGUAAAUUAUAAUUGCCACAUAUAUUAGAUCAUAAAGCAACAAUUUAACUAUAUGUGAUAUCGAUAUAAUGAUUUUGUUUGGAACAAAUCUGUCCAUAGUUAAUGUUUAAGGUUUAUAUAUCAGAUUAAAGGCUCUACACACAAUCCGACAUUUAUCAAUAUGUUACUGUUAAUAAUGUGAAUAAUUAUAUCCCAUUUUUUUUUGAUAUCUUGUCCAGUCCUUGUGAAUGUCUAUUAAAUUUUAUAUAGAAAAUAUAUUUAAUGUUGACGUACAGUGUCCAAUAUGGUUUAUUGAUACAAAAUGAAAUAAUAGUUUCUGGUUUCAAUCGUUAUGCCAACAGUUCGAAAGAACCUACUACCAUAAAUAAAUGUAGAUUCUUAAGAACUGACAUUGUAUACAAGGCAUAUAGGAGUAAAAGCAAAACAACGUUGACCAGUCGUAUAUAUUUGCGUAUGAUAAAACCUGAUGCAAUUGUAAAGUACUUGAGAUUAAUGCCGAAGACAUUUCUUGGCAUAUAUUUAUUGGUUAUAGUAGAACUUAUAAAAUUUAAUGUUAUAAUAAACACGUACACAAGUAUAUGACUCAAGGAAGCAUUUUGCCUUUCACGGGCAAAGAUUCUCGCGUUUGCAAGUCUAUUAUAACUAUCAUGAUAAAAUAUCAUAUUUUUGUCAUAAUACUAUAUUAUUGUGGGCACUGUAUAAUUAAGAAUCUGUUGACUCCAAUAUUUUCAAAAUAUAAUUUAUAUGUUUUAUCUACAUCGACUGUUAGAAUAAUGUAAGAUCGAUAUUAAAAAGCAACUCUCUAUACCAUCUCUAAAAGCAAUUUUUUAAUUUUAUAUUAUAGCAACACUUAUUACGUUCUUAUUAUGAUCCUCUGUGAACUAAAUUUAAAAUAGAUUUUAAUCAAAACUUUUUUUUGAUCUUUGAAUCCUUGUUUUGGAUCCGUAACGUUAAUAAUAUCACUAAACUAUUAAUUUUUAUUUUUUAGAGAUGGAUUUAGAGUAGGCCCCAAUCUAAUCUGAAUGUCAUAAGUGUUACCAACAAUAGAUUUCUCAUAUAAUUAUUAAAGGGUAAUAAAUUUUUAAAUGGCAAUGUCAUUAAUUUCUGCCUAGUCAACAUAAAUCAACGUGAAACCUAUCCUGCCAUGUUUGCUAAUGUUAUUUUAUCACUAGACUAUAUUAUCCGAAACAUAUUUUACCAUCUCGACGAUACUCCAUUAAUUAAAAUGUAAAACUGGAAAAAAUCUAUUUUAUAAUGUAACGGAGACUUAUAUAUCGCGAAUGUCGAAUUUGCAUAUGACAACUCGUUAUUGAAUGUUGGCACUAAAUAGAUAGAUAAUAUUAAAAAAAAAAUAUAAUUGUAUAAAUUAGACGAAAAUUAUUAAAUAUUUAUAAACGAUAAAUACACAAUCGAUUCAUCGUUUUGAUUUUUAACAGUGACAUUAAUUAUAAUGGUGUAAUCAUAACGAAAUUCCUAUGUAAAUAUACUACAUAAUUAUGUGUAUGGCUGUCAUACAAGAUAUCGAUAACCAUUUUUUAAUUUUAUUUUUUUAAUUAAGUGUAAAUAACUUAUGUGGUACCGAGACGUAUCCGUGUGGGCGUGGUAACGCUCAUUUGUUGUAAAUUAUAAUUUUUUUUUAAAUAUUUUCAAGACUGUACCUUUAUCAUUAAAUAAAAACAACUGUAAUAUGUAUAAAUAAAUAAAAAAAGGUAUUGAAA